AUGAAGUUGUGGCCAUUCAAGGUCAUUUCCGGAAUAAAUGGCAAGCCCAUGAUUUAUGUAACGUACGAGGGACAGGAGAAACACCUAUGCGCCGAAGAAAUCUCAUCUAUGAUUCUAACAAAGAUGCGCAAGAUUGCAGAGGCAUUUUUGGAAAUGCCUGUCAAGAAUGCAGUUGUUACUGUGCCGAAAGCCACAAUAGAUGCAGGUACUAUUGCUGGUCUGAAUGUUAUGAAGAUAAUCAAUGAACCCACUGCUGCUGCUGCUAUUGCUUAUGGAUUGGACAAAAGAAAUAAAGCAUUGCAACCUCUUCCAAGUGAAGGCCACCUCUGGUAA